ACCAUACAUGAUUCGCGUCCGCUCUUGCACCACCACGUCCACGCUGCGCCACCACGCUGGGUGGUAUAUCAGUUUGUCUCAUUUUGCCGCAUUUAGUUGUUGUCUGUUGAAGUUUCCCUGUCUACGUUGUUUCGAGAAGCUCGGCCCAGUCUCGUCUGCGUAGUAGCUGGCAACUCCGCUGUUCUCGGAGGCUGCAGUCGCGAACUCCCCGCUUCAGUGAGGGCGAACAUGGCUGCUGUCGCAGUUACCUCCGCGUCCUCGUCGGCUGUGAAGGCCGUAGCGGCGGCCAUUGCAUCGCCCAAGAAUCCUUCCUCUCAUAAGGCCGGAGGAAGCAGCGUGUCCUUCCCCGGCACUUGCGGCGGACAUUCCCUGUGCCACCGCUCGAGAUCCCGGAGCUGUUCCAGAUGGUCAUUCGCUGUCCGUGCCGCCACAACAAUAACUAAGUUCAAGACGUUGACGCCUAUGGGAGAUCGCAUCCUUGUGAAGGUGAAGUCAGCAGAGGAGAAAUCGAUUGGCGGGAUCUUGCUCCCAACGUCGGUACAGUCGAAACCUACCGGCGGCGAGGUUGUUGCGGUCGGAGAUGGGCGGCUAGUAGGCGACAAGAAAGUGGCCGUCAGUAUCGAGUCCGGAACGAAUGUGGUGUAUGCGAAGUACGCGGGCAGCGAGGUAGAAUUCAACGGCCAGGAUCAUGUCCUCGUCAAGGAGGACGAGGUUGUCGGCGUGAUGGUCUCCGAUGACGUCAAAGACAUGAAGCCCCUCGGGGACAGGGUUUUGAUCAAGCUUGCGGAGGCUGAAGAGAAGACCGCUGGCGGAGUGUUGUUGACGGAAAGCACCAAGGAGAAGCCGUCUAUUGGAAAGGUUGUUGCUGUUGGGCCGGGUCAGAUUGCUGAGGACGGCAGCCGAAGACCUCUUGAUGUUGGUGUCGGUGAUAAUGUGAUGUACUCGAAGUAUGCUGGUCAAGAGUACAAGAGUGCUGAUGGCACGCAGUAUGUAGUUGUCAGAGCCGGUGACAUCAUGGCGUUAAUGUCCUGAGGCUUUGGGUCGCCGACAGUUUUUCCUUUUUGCUUUUGUCGAGUUGUGUCCGACCAUCCUCUUCCUCUCUUCCUCUGUUGAUGAUGAAUCAACGAAGCUCUCGUGCGGCUGUAGUGUAGCAUAUUGGGGGAUGCGCUUUUGUUGGUCGUUGUUGGGCCGCAGCCUUCCUCCGUCAGGAGUUCUAAAUGUACCACCUGUCAUGGUUGGUGAUCAACCAUUCUUCUGUCCGACGUGUAGUUGACAUUAAGGAAGCUGAUUUCGAGUUCCAAUUUGUUGAAUGCCAGCAGGCUGAGUAUUUUGUAUAUGACAACGAGAUUGAGAUAAAAGGGACCGUUGCUUUGUUGUGAACUUGUUGGUCGUAUUCCCUCAUUAGUCUGGCGGGGCGGAACCUGUGGAAUGAGGGUGGAUGAUGGUACAUUCCUGUGGGUACCACAUGCUCUGUGUUCGUGUGGUGGCCAUGUCCUCUUUACUCUCUCAUUGCUGUCUGUUUCUGGGCCUCAGAGGCAGACAGUGUUGGUCAGUAUACGGAGAGAGUGUGAUCUUUGUCAAACCUCGGAGGCUCGGGGGUCAGUAGUCUUUUGGUGUGUUCAACCCCAAAACAGCUCAAUCUAGUACGAAUUUCAAGUCGAGGCUGGGGACCUCACAAUUCGACCUGGAUUACUGACGGCAUCCAAAAAUCAGCCAGCGUAGCACAGGCUCUUGCCUGUAGAAAAUCCUUGCUUCGACUUUCCAGAAUUCCAAAGAUCAAAUAAAGCCUGGAGUGAAGAUUUACUGGAAGCAACAUCUAGCUUAACAUUCAGACCUUGCCUGCUUUCGGUACCGACGAGCACUAAUGCUUCCCAACUUGAAGAUAUUGUUGAUCAUUUCGGUAUUGUAUAACAGUAUGCAUCCAAAGUACGAGGUCGGUAGACAAUGGUAAGCUAAAGAAACCAACUAUAUGCGCAGUUACUUCGGGGACUAACUCGGCCCAGAGGACCUAGUCCACAGCGGCGUUACCAAUCGAGUGUCCUGGUUGAAGCGAUUGAAGCGGGACCUGUGAGAUGAUCGCCCUUGCCACCUGUGCCACAUAAGCCCAACCCCUCUUGCCAGUGCUCCCCUCUAGUGGGAAUCUGAGGAGAACCCAUCGCUCUUCCCACUGUACACCCUUGCCUCCGAUCAGUUGCCGAUGGUACUCCCACCACUUCUAUGCUUGCCGCGAUGCUGGCAGUCCCACCAGAGGUGUCUGGUGGAUUCAGAGGGCCAUUUACAUCGAGAUCAACCCAGGCUCACGAUCACAUCUCUUCCAUUGCUGAACUGCUGAGGGAGCGACCAGUAAAACUUUCAUAAGAUUGAGGUGUGCUUGAGAUGUGGGAGCACCUGUAAGACACCCCACCACAGCUUCCUGAAAGCUCUGGUCGCGUUCUGCGAAUCAAUCAUCAGCACUGAACCUUACUUGCAGAUGGACACAGGUAUGAGCCUACAGUCUUCUCCCGAAUACAACGUACUGUCAUCAUAGCUGAAUUUGGGGCAUCUUUCAGUCUAAAUUCGGCUAUAAUGACCUUGUAUUCGGGGGAAGACUGUAGGCGAGUGAUAUAGUUCCCCUACCGAUGGGUUGGACAGAUUCAGGCCCUCCCUGCGGGGAGGAGGCAGAGAUUGCUCCUCGCUGCGAACGCCAUUGCACAGGGUUGAUUGAUUGUCAACUCCCUCAGCGCGGAGGUUUACCUACGCAAUGGUUGCAUCUAUGUUUUCCUUUGCCGUCGAUCCAUUCCAUCACCCUAGACUAAGGGGGGUCGUCCCAUCUCAUGAUUACCUCUACUCUGAGAUGAAGCCUGUUGUUCUGACGGAAAGCUGCCCACACCCGGACCUCCCUAAACCCUUGAUAAAGUCAGCUCCACCAG